AGGAAGAGGUGGGGCAUGACUGUUACAAACACACACACACACAGGAGGAAACAACCACGUUACCAAGUGAUACCAGUUAUAUCAGCAGCGUGCGAGUGCAUCGGUUUCCAUUAUAGAAGGAUUUUGACUGCACAAUUGAAGGUCUGUCCAAACUCUUAUCAUGGUGAAACUUUCAGCCAAGUGCAUUGUAGCAGGUGACACAGCUGUGGGGAAAAGUACCCUGGUCCAACUUUUCCGGAGCGAUGGGAGCCAUUUCCCAAAGAAUUACAGUAUGACCGCUACCGUGGAGGUUUCUGUAAAAACAGUUCAGAUUCCAGAUACCGGAGACAGUGUGGAGCUCUUCCUCUGCGACAGUCCUGGCAAAGCAAUCUUUUAUGAGAUGACAGAGAAGCUGUGGGACCAGCCGGGAGCACUGUGCUUGGUGUUUGAUGUCACCAAUGAGAGCUCAUUCAGUAGCUGCACUAAGUGGUUGCAGAGAGUUAGAUCGAAGACAUUGAGCCCUCAUCUCCCAGGUGUGCUUGUGGGUAACAAGACAGACAUGGCAGGACUCAGAGCAGUGGAAAAGGGGCAGGCGGAAGAGUGGGCAGCAAGCAACGGACUGGAGUAUUUCGAGACUUCUGCGAAAGAACUGGAAAACUUUGAGCGGCCAUUUCAAGCACUGGCAAAAGCUUUUCAUCACCUGUACCAGGAAAGAGUGGAGCAUUUCCAGAGCCUGGUGUAAGGUCGCAGCAGGACUUUCAUCAGCAGUCACUGCUCCUCUGGUACCUCUGAUGGGACAACUCAUAGCUGAUGUGUAUUUGGAUAGACUGCACAGCUUUAAUGGACCAUGUCAGGGUCAAAGCUAGAGAUGGAGCCCUAGUCAAUCGAGGAAGUUUGAGGCUUUUUCUUAUGAUAAUUGGGAACCUGUGACUGGCUUGCUGUUAUUCAACUGCAUAUUCCAGCAUUUUCAGCUGUUGAAAUGAUGCUGGAAAUUGUAGUUACAUGAAGGGCCACAAGUUGGACUUCCUAAUGAACACUAAGAAAUUAAUAAAGUAUGCUUAAUUUGUAAUUAGUACUUUCAUCUGGCCAAACAGGGCAAAUUCUCUGUCUCAAUUUUCAUUAUCUCAAAGUUAAAAAUGAUUUCUUUACUAUAGCACCACCAUUUGGCAGCUGUGUGCCCAUGUAUUGCUACCGAGUGGCAAAGGUGGACAUUCAUAUUAAACGGGUGGUUCACCUUUUAAGUUAACUUUUAGUGUGGCCAAUUCUAAGCAACUUUUCAAUUGGUCUUCAUUAUUUAUUUUUUAUAGUUUUUGAAUUAUUUGACUUUUUUUCUUCUUAUUCUUUGAAAUGGGGGGUCACUGACCCCAUCUAAAAAAACAAAUGCUCUGUAAGACUAUAUAUGUAUUGGUAUUGCUACUUUAUAUUACUCCUUUUUCUUGUCAGAUCUAUUAAUAUUGCAAUCUCUUAUUCAAACCAGGUAAUUAGGACCCUAGCAAUCAGAUUGCUGAAAUUUCAAACUGGAGAGCUGCUGAAUAAAAAUCUAAAUGACUCAAAAACCACAAAUAAUACAAAAUGAAAACCAAUUGCAAAUUGUCUCAGAAUAUCACUCUCACAUCAUACUAAAAGAUAAUUUAAAGGUGAACAACCCCAUUUAAAUGUACAGAGACUAUACUAAGCACAGCUUUACAGGCCAUCAUUACUAGGUGUACAGCACUGUACAGGUCCAUGUAGUGACUUCUGCCUGCUGUAAGAAAAGUCAUAUGAAUGAAAAUGUGAUGUCCUUUAUGUAUGAUGAUGUCGUGCCAUCCUUUCAGUUCACAAGCCAACUGAUGGGGCAAAGUAAUGCAUUGUGAAUUUCUGGAACUUCAGCUGUUGUCAUCUCACUCUUUAGUUGAGCUGGCAGCUCUAAAUGAUGCCUACCUGAGACCUGAGCACCUCCCACGGUCAAUGACCAGAAUAUAGGCCCACCCGCUAUCAGAAGAACCACACAGAGAGACGGAAUUAAGAUUCUAGGUCUUACCAAUGUAAGAACAAAGAUAGCCAAGCCAAGCAUUUAUUUCAGUUACAAGUAUAACUGCAAACAUCAUUCCUCUAGUUCAAAGAUCUCUCUUGCUGCUCAUCAUUGUGAUUGGCUGCCAGUACUAGAGAUGUGUAGUAUAUGGCACUUUUGCUGCAGCUUAGGGGUAUAUGGUGUUUCUAAGGAAAACAAGAUGUUGUUAUAAAUACGCCUGUCACAGAGGCACUUGACAUAUAAAUAAGAAACAGCACCGUUCAGUUUAUUUCUGUUUAACCAUCCAUAUUUGUUGUGAGUAGCAGGUUGAAAAGCUUAUUUUGAGACCUUCCAAGCACUCCAGUCAAGUGACACUUAAAGGGAACUUAUCAUCUAGAACACCGGUGGGAAACUUUGUGAACAUCAGUGUAGGCACUCUGCACACUUGUCUGAACAAGUAGCCUUAUGUCUACUAAUAACUGUGCCACUGAAGAAUCGUCUUUUCUCUCCCACCUCUCUCUCAUAGUACCCCUGGUGCAGGGAAUAAUAUAGAGCGGUGCCACAUCUCUAAGGGAUGUCAUUCAGAGCUGUGGGAGAAAGUAAUAUAAUACUCUCUGCUUUAUAGCGAGACUUAAAAUAAUAGGCAGAGAACUUCCAGAGCUAUUAAUGUGGCUCAUGUUGCACAUAAACGUAUAUUACCCUUUAUUAUGAUACAGGAACAUUACUCUUUAUAGGAAGGAGAUAGCAUAAGGAUACUGCUCUGGCCUGCAUUGUUUUCUUUUGUUUUCUAAUCCAAUUCUUUCUCCUUCUUCCAGCCCUUUGGUAACAGAAGAGUUCACCAAGCUAGGUAUAUUAGAGUGAUUUUACUGAGUAA